AUGGUUGCAUCGGGUGAUAUCGACUUCGAGGGUGUUACCACAUUCGCGAACAACUCUGGCGCGGGUUUUCGCUACGUCAUUUCUCUCAAGGACAACAAAUUUAACUUCUCAAUGGAGGAUCGCUCGAGCAAGAAACAAUGGUUCAAGGGUGGCAUGGAUAAAGCAGACUUUGUGACGCCGGAUAAUGCGAUCAGUGGUGCAUCUGAAGCUGACUAUCUGAAGUGCUUCCACGAUGCGUUAUCUUGCGCUCUGGAUGGCUCCAACGAUUCUCAGUGCAAGUUGAAUAUGCUGAGUGGUGGCGUUUUACAAGUUGAACUUGUGCUCAAGCUUCGCGUGCUUUAUUCGAUGUGGGACGCACAGUAU